AGAUGGCUCGCGCGAUCGCGCUGCUCGUCGCGUCGUCGCUGCUCCCGCUGGUCGCGGGGCAGGCCGCGCAGCAGUGGCUCGACACUCUGACUCUGCACUCGGCUCGGCUGGUGCUGCGGCUGUCGACGCUCGCCGAUGGAGACGACCCAGUCGGCGGCGGGCAGAAAAUGUCAAUUGUGCUCACCGAGGCGGCUUGCUUCAACAUUCGGGUGGGCCACGGCCAUGGCGAGACUGCCCUCGACUCGCACGUCGAGUUUGGAGGCGGCGCAGCCACAGGGGCAGCGGCAGGCGCGGACGGCGGCAGCGGUUCAAUCAGCGGCUGGACGCAGCUAGUGGUGGCGUUCCGCGAGGUGGACUUCACCUGCCACUUUGGAAGGGUGGAGGGGUUCGACGGCUGGACCGAGCCGGUGGGCGGAGAGGACGGCGUCAGCCUGCAGCUCCCAGCGGCCAAGCUGGGCAUCGUCCACACGCUCGUGAUCGGUGACCCGGCAGAGGAGGUGGAGCUGUCGGUCAAGGACGUCGCUGGCGAGAUCGCGCUGCAGGUGCACGUCGACGCAGACUCGAUCCCGGAGCGGCUCUCCGCGCCCUUCGCACAAGUGACCCCUCCCUCGGACCGGAUCGCCAUCACCGUCCACCACCUCCUCACCGACUUCAUCGUCAACACUUUCAUCAACUCGUUCGGGGUGCUGGUGCAGCACCUCCUCUCCGCCUUCGUCACCGACAUGAUCGCCUACCUUGUCGAGCAGCAGGGCACCGAGGCGAUCCAGGCCCUCCGACGCCUCCUUUUGCCUCAGAUCGCCGCCGACCGAGCCGGCAGCGAACACCAGGCCCUGCCACAGCCGGCGGGCCGGCAAAUCAUCGCCGACGGCGGCCGACUGCCGGGUGCCGCGUGA